GCUUAUGGGUGACAAGAGCUUGUUCUUCAUGGAGGGCCAGAAAGCCAAGAGCUUCCGUCACAUACUCAUGCGUUCAUUGGUCCCGAGGCAAUGCGGAGGUAUGUCGGGAGGUCCAGCUCCAUCGCUCAGGCACACAUCGAGAAGUUUUGGCUGGAUGAAUCGAAAGUUCGAGCGUACGUUCUCCUAAAGAAGGCGAUGUUCUCGGCGGUGUUUAACUUGUUCUUGAGCAUACAAAACGAGGAGGAGGAGAGAGAGCUCUUGGUUCCAUUUGAGGAGUUUUUGCACGGUAUGCUCGAGUUGCCGAUCAACUUUCCAGGGCGGGCAAAGCUUGCGAGGCACAAGAUCUUUGAGAAGCUGGACAAGUAUAUAAGCAAGAGAAAGGUGGAGAUCCAGGAAGGGAAGGCGUCGGCUGAGCAAGAUUUGCUCAGCGUUCUCUUGACAACGAGGGGAGAAGAUGGAGAGCUCAUGAGCGAGGAAGAGGUAAAGCGAAACAUCCUCAUGAUGGUAUUGGCCGGGCACGACACCACUGCUAGCACUCUGGUGGUCUCCAUGAAAUGCAUCGCUGAGAAUCCUUGGUGCUACGAUCGACUUAGACAAGAGCAUCUUGCCAUAGCUGCUGCGAAGGAUUCGAGCGAGCCACUCCGAGUAGAAGAUCUCCAAAAAAUGAACUACACCUGGAAAGUUGUUCAGGAAGCCAUGCGUCUGCUCCCUCCAGCGCUGGGAAACACGCGGAUAGCGAUCACGCAAAUGACCAUCGAGGGCUUCACAGUUCCAAAGAUUGGCGAGUAAGUUCCUCCACUCGGUCAUCUCAAGACGUAAAAUCCUUUU